UGUAUGGGUUUCGCUCCGUACGUGUGGACGUCUAUACACAGCUCAACCCUUUUCUUAAUGAAACGCAUACACAUCGCUCGCACACUGUUUGUUAGACGCGCGCUAUCCUAGCCACAGCUACCAUCAUCACCAGUGAAGAGAUCUGUGAAGCCUAGACCAUCAUCAUCCUCAGUGGGAUACACAACAACACAAUCUUACCAAAUACUGCUACACCCCCAAAACAGUUGCCCAGAAAACAUACUAUAUACUCCCCUUUUAAAGUGAAGUGAUAUGAACCCAAAUUGACUCGAAACCGUGAUGAUACUGCAGCAUCUCCAGAACACCUUGGAAGUGCGCAACAUGCUGCUACAAAGCAUGAUCGCUCCGGUGAGCCGCAGCAGGACACCCGAGUCCAUCAAGGAGGAGAAGCCGGACAUCAAGCAAGAGACGGACUCGGACAGCGACUGUGUGCCCUUAGAUUUAAGUGUGAACGGGGGUCGUCUGAGUCCCGGUCUCAGGGAUCGUGACUCCGGCACCGAGAGCGAUGACUCCGGGGGUCGCUGUUCCCCCGAAGGGCUCGACUGCAAAGCCUACAAGAAGAGCCUCAUGAAGCGCUACUAUAGCAGCGAGGUGGUGUACAAUCCUCUGUCGCAGUCGCCGCCCCCGAGCAAACUCCAUCGGCCCGAUAGUAGGGCCCUUCUGCAUGGAAUCCUUUCAGGACAACACACGGGUCUUCAUCCCGCCCACGCCCUCAUCACAGCGUCGAGGACAUCUGCGUACACAACGACAACUGGAUCUUUACCGCCAAGUCCUGCGGAUUCCGGCGUGUCGGAUGUGGACAGCUCGUCGAGCGGACACACGUCUACGGACGAGCUGAAAGCACGUCUUCAGCCCUCAGUUUUAGGGCCCCACUCGCCCUUGGGGUACCAUCACAGCCAGCAACAGUUCCUCGCGCCCUACACCCACUACCCAUCGAGCCAAUCUCACCACCGCUCGCACCUCACCCACCAGCAUCACUACCCAGUCAGGCCGCAAUUGCCGGAUAGUUAUAGUUAUUUAUCAUCACUGCAGCAUCCUCACCAAGUACAACAGAACUCGCACAUGCAGGGCUACCAUCACAACAUCCAUUCGCCGUUCGCGACGCCGUCUGCGCCAUCUCCGCCGAGGGGUCACGCCAUCCCGACGUCGGUGAUCCAGGCGGCGACGUCGAGCGUGAACGACGAACUGUCGUACAUGCUGGAGCUGGGCUUCACGCCGCGCAAGCUGAAGAAGGUGAAGAAGCCGAGGGCUGGAGAACCCGGUUCGGUGAAGAGGAAGAGCCGCGAAGGAUCGACGACCUACCUUUGGGAAUUUUUGCUCAAGCUGCUCCAAGAUAGGGAGUACUGUCCCAGGUACAUCAAGUGGACGAACCGGGAGAAGGGCGUCUUCAAGCUCGUCGACUCGAAGGCGGUGUCGCGGCUCUGGGGUCUGCACAAGAACAAGCCGGACAUGAACUACGAGACGAUGGGCCGUGCCCUCAGGUACUACUACCAGCGAGGAAUCCUCGCCAAGGUGGACGGCCAGAGGCUCGUCUAUCAGUUCGUCGACGUCCCGAAGGACAUCAUCGAGAUCGACUGCACCGGAGCGUGAGGUGGACGAUAAAUCCCAACCAAACACGACCCUCGCGCCGCACACACAAUCACAUACAUACAUACGCAGACACCACAAACAAACAAACAAAAAAAAGCAAAUGAAGAAGCAAGGAUCAUCAUCAUCUCAGUGAUUUUGUAAUGAAGCACUGUCUCGAUAGUACAACUAACUCUUUUUUUUUAUAUAUAUACACAAAAUAUAUAAGAGACGCAUAUUUGUCCGUUUCCCAAAUCCGGAUGAUGGGGGAAAGCGGAGAAGAACAAAACAACCGUAAUUCAUUUUCUGCAGUUCGCGCGCGCGGCGCCGCCUUCGGCACCAGAAGAAACAUAUAUAGAGAGAAGAAAGAAACGUGGAUGGAAAAUCCUCGGUUUACAACGAAUUAGAACGGGAAGAGAUCUCAGAGAGGUUAGUGGUUGUGAUGAUUGAUCGAUGGGCGGUGGUUCUUUCCUUCAAUGCAAACGGCAUUAAAGAUCGACCACCCCGGUUUAUUAUUAUUAUUGUUUUUUUUUGGUAAAGUGCGGAAAGUAAAAGUAAAAUUCCCCGCUCUGGAUGAACGUGGUGAAGAAGAAUGGAAAAAAAAAAGAAGUGCGACUCGUUUUCUUCUAUUAAAUAAAUUUUUGGU